AUGGCUUCCAAAUAUUCUGCCCUCCCUGAUAUUGACGAUCAACCUGACGUUUACGAGACCCCAGAUUCGGGUGAUGUAGCCCAUGCUACCACUUUAGGUGAUCAGUCGAGUGAUGAGGAUGAUGGAAAUGAAAACGUCGUACGAUCUCGGGUUUCUGUCAAAGAUGCCAGCGCACGGUUUAAAGAUAGUGUUGUCGAAUCCUCGGGCAUCGAUUUCACGGAUCGUUUGACGCGUAGAAAAAAGGCAAUGUAUCGCAGCUACGUUCGACGACCGGCUGCUUUGGAAACGAGUGAGUAUGAGCUUUUACCAAAAGACUUGGAGCUCCAAGAAACGUCAAUCCAAAAGCUUCGUCGUUUGAUGUUUGAGGUCCAAGAGUUGAACGAAGAAGUAGAGAAAAAGAAGGUUGGUUUGUUGACAAAUUCAGAUCUAUUAUCAAAAUUCACCACCACCCUCCAAUCUUUCCUCGAUGGCAGUGAUUGA